CCUCCAUCUACUGAAGCUCUCAUCCUCUUAACUCUUAAGCUUCCAAAAUGUGGCAGCAUGUUUCUCUGCUUACAAAUGCCACAACAUAUCCGCUACAAAAUCUGAGGGAGGUCGCCGUCAAGCCUUUACAUUGGCGUCUCUGCUUUUCCCUCACUCUCUGCUAGGGUUCAGAGUCGCCGCUGCUUUCUUCUUCUACAUCGGAUGGAUCAUUCGCUCGCUCACUGAGUCAACUCUCCAAAUCGCAUUAAGGCCUCCAUCUUCGUCGCCUCUCCAACGGUUCAUCAUCCAUCAUUUUCUGUCUUGAGGGUUUUCAUUGAUCUGUCUGCGCCAUCAUUUUCUGGCCCAAGCUCAAUAUAAUUUCUUUAGUUUCUAAAAAGUGACAGUAACUUCACAGAGAGAGGGAGAGAGAGAGAGGAGAGAGGAGGGGUAGGAAAUGAAUAAAGGUGGAGCAGGAGGAGUCGGCGGCUUGGGAAGUGGGGGUGGUGGUGGCGGAAGUGGGCCCACCGCAGCGGCAGCGGCAUCCGCAGCUCAGAAGCAGAAGAUGUUGCUGCAGAGAGUCGAAAACGACAUUGGCAGCAUCGUGGACAACUUCAGCCACCUCGUCAAUGUCUCCCGGGUGAAUGAUCCACCAGUCAGAAAUUCACAAGAAUCUCUCAUGAUGGAGAUGCGUGCAGCUAGAAUGGUUCAAGCAUCUGACUCUCUACUUAAGUUAGUGUCGGAGCUUAAGCAAACAGCAAUCUUUUCUGGAUUUGCAUCCCUUAAUGACCAUGUGGAUCAAAGAACAGCUGAGUUUAACCAGCAGGCAGAGAAGACAGACCGCAUGUUGGCUAGAAUUGGAGAGGAGGCAGCUGCCAGUCUCAAGGAGCUUGAAUCGCAUUAUUACUCUUCCGUGGACAGGACAAGUCAAACCCUGCAGCUGUGAAUUGGGGAUUUAAAAUGAGCAGAAAAAGAGCUGCCGUUGCUCGUUUCUUUGAAGACUACUCACUCCCUUUUCUUACUUUUUUUUUUUUUUUUUGGAAGGGCACUCCCUUUUCUUACUUAUACCUCUUUUUGGUGCCAUAACUGGGACUUAUAGUUUCUGUUAUGUAUGAAGGACAAUGCCCUGAAGAUUGGAUGUUUGUGCGUUUGAACAUAUGGACAGGAAAAAUGUUGUGCUAAAAAUUUCCACUUCCAAAUGCACAAAAUGUUGUGGAGUUUCAUGAUCACUACAAGAAAGAUAUGGAUAGAUUUACAAGAAA